GAGGGGAAAACAGUUUAGCCACGUUAGCUUAGCUCCAUUAACGGUGCUAACGCUACAUCAGCGAUUGAACUACCGAAUUAACGGCAGUCUGGUCGGAACAAAUGAAUCCGGAUGAAACACCGAAGAAUGAGUUAAGACUUCGAAGUGCUACAGCUCUAUAUACCAAAGACACCAUAGCAUCAAACACCAGAGCUCAUGGCAUGUGUGCACCAGCUGAUGAAGGUAGAAAAGCUGUGCAAGUGACCAUGACUCAUCCAUUGGAUCUGGACUCUGACUCUCAGCUUCUGGACUACACAGGACCAAAGGGGCUUCGGUUCGAUGACCAAGGGAUGGUUCUUCCACACAGUAUCCUGGGUAGCUUGGGGGAUUUCAGAAGUUAUCUGGAGGCCAAAGGGGAGACAGACUUGGUGAAGCGAAUACCCAGGUCUUUCAGAGAUCCCCCAUCUAUGGCCACCGAGAAGCAUCACUCAGAUGCUGUGGAAAAGAGAAUCCCUUCAGGUGACAGAAACAUCCAGAGCAAUGCCCUGCAGCACUGGGAUGCACAUAUGAGACUUCGCAGACGGCAGCAGGACGUCUUAUCUGACUUGCUCGACAGGCCAGUCGAAAACUUACUGAUGAACCAAGCCAACCAUUUCAGAGAAACUCAAGAGCAGAGAGAAUUUCUAAACCAUGUCCUGCCGCUCAUCCACUCUGGAUAUGGUUAUCGUGUGGGCAGUGAGUUUUGGAGCCUCCCACAGCGUUAUGGAGAUGAAAUGAGUGGCAUCACAGCCACUCUGACUCAGUCUGAACAGGGCAGAUGGGAACCUGUCACACAUGUAGGACUACCCAACAGCAUACGCCAGGAAACAGGAAUAGUUUGUCCUGAGACUCUGCGUCCAGCUUCUCAGACUUGGGACCAGAGUGUAUACCUGCAACACCAGUUGCAGGAGCUCGCAGGGGUUUUACCGAGCAUCAAAAAGCCGGACAUCAGUGGACUGGAGGUGAUUGGCUCUGGUAAACCGUUCAAUGUUGUCACAGUGUGUUGUAGUCCCCUACUGGAGAAGGAAGACAAAGAGAGGGAGCACAAAGCGAUGAAGAAGGACAUUGAUCCACUGGCACAGUAUGAUGAUGUUCAAGUCGAUGUUCUCAUUCCCUGCUUGAGGUUCUGUGGUCAGCUUGCUAGCUGGACUGGAAACUCAAACAAGAACCAGGGAGAAGUAGGAAUCAGUGCCACUAUACUCUUUGAGGCCCUGACUGGAGAAAUAGCCUCAUCCAGCCUGGAAAUACACAAUGAGGGCAGCGCAGCCAUCUUCUACAGCUGGCAGCAGCUUUGUGUGCCACACAGCUUCCCUCACCUGCGUUCGCAAACAAAUAAGCCGCACUUCUACUUCAAUUCCUCCUCUGGUACACACACACAAACACAAUCAAGCACCUGCUGCUAAACAUUUGUACGUCACACUCUGUUUGGCCAUGUGUCACCACGUCGUAUCAUUCGACCAGUCGGCCUUUUUUGCUCUCCAUUUUGUUUCCCCUCCCAUCUAGGUGUGAUCCGUCCCAGUGAAACCCAGCAGGUUGAGUUUUUGUUUAAAUCAGAUGAGCCAGGUAUCAUCACUGAACUUUGGCAGCUCAACACUCAUCCUGUGCUGCUGCAAGGAGCCUCCAUGCGGGUCACGCUGAGGGGGGUUUCUCUGUACCAAGACAAAACUGCAGACCAGAGGCUUUACAUAGCG